AUACCUUUACCACCCAUUUCAUUCUUCACCACCAUUUCAAUCUUCUCUACUAUUCUUUCAUUUCAUUAAAAAAAAAAUUGUGAUCAUCUUCUAAGAUAAAUAAAUAAUAUCAUUUGUUAUUCUGUUAUUCGGUAUGGAGAAUUUGACGCUCACUGGAUUCUUGAAACAUGUUGCUGAAAAAUUCCCAUCUCAUCGUGCGAUUUCUACUUCAGGAAAGUUUGAUAUCAGUCAUGCACGCCUUCAAGAACUCGUUGAAAGUGCCGCUGCUCAGCUUUUAUCUGCCGGUGUUAAUCACGGUGAUGUCGUUGCUCUCACCUUCCCCAAUACCAUUGAGUUCGUGAUCAUGUUUUUGGCUGUUAUUCGAGUUCGAGCCACAGCAGCGCCACUGAAUUCAGCGUACAUGGCAGAGGAAUUCGAGUUCUAUUUAUCCGAUUCUGAAUCGAAACUCUUAAUAACUUCAAAAGAAGGAAAUGAAGCUGCUCAAACAGCAGCUUCAAAGCUCAAAAUCCCUCAUAUUACUGUAACUCUGCCUCAACCCGAAUCUGAUAUUGCUUUCACCCCUGCUUCACCCGAACCGAACGUUGAAUCGGUGUCCAAAAUCGUUAACGAGCCAUCGGAUAUCGGGCUUUUCCUUCAUACAUCAGGUACGACGAGCCGACCGAAGGGUGUUCCUCUGUCUCAGCUUAAUUUGGUAUCUUCAGUGAACAACAUCAAAUCCGUGUAUAAGCUUAAGGACUCGGAUUCAACGGUGAUUGUAUUACCGUUAUUUCACGUUCACGGGUUGAUUGCCGGAUUACUGAGCUCACUCGGGGCCGGAGCAUCCGUGACACUUCCAGCUUCGGGGAGAUUUUCAGCUUCAACUUUUUGGUCAGACAUGAAAAAAUACAAUGCAACAUGGUACACAGCUGUGCCUACAAUUCACCAGAUUCUAUUGGAUCGCCACCUCAGCAAACCCGAACCUGAGUACCCGAAGCUCAGGUUCAUUCGGAGCUGCAGUGCAGCACUGGCUCCAUCCGUGAUGGCCCGGUUAGAGGAAGCGUUCGGGGCUCCUGUUUUGGAGGCGUAUGCGAUGACAGAGGCGACCCAUUUGAUGGCUUCGAAUCCGUUACCCGAGGAUGGCCCGCAUAUACCCGGGUCAGUUGGGAAACCCGUGGGUCAAGAGAUGGCUAUAUUGAAUGAGAAUGGUGUGGUACUAGGGGCUAAUGCUAAGGGGGAGGUUUGUAUUAGGGGUCCAAAUGUGACUAAAGGGUACAAGAAUAAUCCUGAGGCUAAUAAAUCAGCUUUCCAGUUUGGUUGGUUUCAUACUGGAGAUGUGGGGUAUUUAGAUUCUGAUGGAUACUUGCAUUUGGUUGGCCGAAUCAAGGAGUUGAUCAACCGUGGAGGGGAGAAAAUAUCACCUAUUGAAGUGGACGCAGUACUAGUUUCUCAUCCGGAAAUUGCUGAGGCAGUCUCUUUUGGAGUUCCUGAUGACAAGUAUGGUGAAGAGAUAAACUGUGCAGUUAUUCCAAGAGAAGGGUCAAACAUUGAUGAGGCAGAGGUGCUGAGAUUUUGCAAGAAAAAUCUGGCAGCCUUUAAGGUCCCAAAGAAGGUCUUCAUGACUGAUUCUCUUCCAAAGACUGCCUCUGGCAAAAUUCAACGACGACUUGUUGCAGAGCACUUCCUUGCACAGAUUUCAACUGCUAAAGUCCCCAAAUUUGGAGCGUAGAAAAAUUGUUGGCUAUAUACGGUCCUUACUCCUAUUAACAAUAAAAUAUGUUUUUCGAUAUUAGUUACGUAAAUACUUGGUCAAGAAAUCUGGACACGAGAAUAAAUCAGUGCCUCUAGAUUUUCAGUAAUGGCACAAGUGUGUUCUCUAGGAAUCUUAUCAGGAUGUCGUUUGGCUAGAUAUUUUGGAUUUUAUAUGACAUUCUGAUGUCUUUAGAUUAUUUUGUAUAACAAGUAGGUUAUUGUUAAGUAUUUCAAGGUUCUCCUUGGUUUGUAGCAAUACCUUUGACAACUGAAUGAAACUGCAGUUGAUAAGACCUUUAUUUAAUUAGUUCAGUUUUCUAAUGUACUGCAGAUUUGAUUGUGUCCAUGUUGUACUCCUCAUGAAACAUGUUAUCAACUUAUCAGCAGAGAUUACUAGGGUGAAUAUUAUUCUUGCUGCAAAUCUCUUAUAAUUCUCUUGAAGUGGAGUGGAGUUGGAUGAUAAAAGAAAUCAAUCUACCAAGUGAAGAACCCACAAGAGAUAGGUUUCGUCGAAGGACUUGGUUUUCUAGUUCCAAAUUUACUAUGGUUCAGUUGGCAAAAAGAAAAGAUGGAAAAACAAGCAAAAGCUAUCUAGACGCUAACAUGACUCCAUGAGCAACAACGUAAGGCACGACCUCUCAUUCCAAAGAAAGAUAAUCCAGUUUAAAGGGAAGAAUUUUAAUAUAUUUUAGUGCUUUACAGGCACUCUAUUUCAAUCGUAUUGCAAUGUGUCAUGUGCAUGCCUUCUUUUAAGUUACUAACCUUAAUGUGCACAAGUAUUUGUCAUUAUCUUUUAGGUAACUUGGUUAUGUAAAAAGUCUUUACAUUAUAAAAGUUUAAAACAAA